UUCACAACAAAAGCUCCUCCUUCAUCCCUCUGAGGUCAUCCCUCCAUCAUCAUCAUCGUCCCUCCGGCAGGUGCUGAAAAGCCGCAACUUGCCGCCCCGCAUUCACUUUUCCCGCAAACUGCGAGUCCGGCAGCAUGAGGAGUCUGAACAACCGGGCCGAGAGCCACCUGACGGGCCGAGCCGAGUCCGAGCUGGACGCCAUGGCGGACGGCGGCUGGGUGAACCACGGCUACUGCGGCUCCCCUGCGCCGCUGGUCAGCACCAUCUACAGCCCCCAGCCGGCCUCCCUGCACCGGGGCUGCAAACUGGACCGCAUCCAGGAGGAACCGGGCAGCUCCGACCAGAGCCCUGUGAAGAGGAACAGAGGCUGCUGCAGCUUUAUCAAAGCGUUUUGGGGAACAGCUUGGACAGAAAACACGUCCAACAACAGGGAAAAGUUCAUCCGCACCACUCUGAGGGAGCUGCUGGUCUACCUGGUGUUCCUGCUGGAUGUUUGUCUCUUGACCUACGGUAUGACCAGCUCCAGCAGCUAUUAUUUCACCAAAGCCAUGACGGAUCUGUUUGUGGGCUCGGCCAGCCAAAAUGGAGUCACGUUUCAGACCAUUGGCACCAUGGCCGACUUCUGGGACUACGCCCAGGGUCCGUUACUGGAGGGGCUUUACUGGACCAAAUGGUACAACAACCAGUCCCUGGACAGUGGAAACCAGUCGUUCAUCUACUAUGAGAACAUGCUGCUCGGAGUUCCCCGGAUGAGGCAGAUUAAGAUUAAAAACAACUCCUGCAAAGUCCAUGAAGACUUCAAAGAUGAGAUUUCCGGAUGCUUUGACGUCUACAACGAGAAGAAGGAGGACGACCUCAGCUUCGGUCUCAUCAACGGCUCUGCGUGGUGCUACCACACAGAAAAAGACAUCAAAGGUUCCUCCUACUGGGGCCUCCUGACCACGUACAGCGGGGCCGGGUUCUACCAGGACCUGAGCCGGACCAAGGAGGACAGCGCCAACAUCCUGGCUGAACUGAUGGAAAACCUUUGGCUGGACCGAGGAACUAGGGUGGUUUUCAUCGACUUCUCAGCCUACAAUGCAAACAUCAACAUGUUCUGUGUCGUCAGGUUGGUGGUGGAGUUCCCAGCGACCGGCGGCGCCGUCCCGUCCUACCAGAUCAGAACCGUCAAACUGAUCCGCUACAUCACCCACUGGGACUACUUUGUCCUCGGCUGUGAGUUGGUCUUCUGCGUGUUCAUCCUCUACUACGUGGUGGAGGAGAUUCUGGAGCUGCGGAUACACAAGUUUGCCUAUUUCAAAAGCAUCUGGAACAUCCUGGACAUACUGGUCAUACUGCUCGCCAUCGUUGCGAUUGUCUUCAAUGUCUUCCGGACCAUCAAAGUGGAUAAUCUGCUCGGGUCGCUGCUGGAACAGCCGGAUUUAUACGCCGAUUUUGAGUUUCUGGCUUUCUGGCAAACCCAGUACAACAACAUGAAUGCUGUGAAUUUGUUCUUCGCCUGGAUCAAGAUUUUCAAGUACAUCAGCUUCAAUAAGACGAUGACGCAGCUGUCCACCACGCUGGGCCGAUGCGCCAAGGACAUCCUGGGCUUCGCCAUCAUGUUCUUCAUCGUCUUCUUCGCCUAUGCGCAGCUUGGAUACCUGCUGUUUGGAACCGAGGUUGAAUCCUUCAGCACAUUCGUCAAGUGCAUUUUCACACAGUUCCGGAUAAUUCUUGGCGACUUCGAUUACGAUGCAAUCGACCGCGCAAACCGAGUCCUGGGGCCCAUUUACUUCGUCACCUACGUGUUUUUUGUUUUCUUUGUCCUGCUGAACAUGUUCCUGGCCAUCAUCAAUGACACCUACUCAGAGGUCAAAGAGGAGCUGUCGUCUCAGAAGAACGAGCUGCAGAUUACUGACCUCAUCAAACAGAGCUACAUGAAGACUUUCAUGAAGCUGAAACUGAAAAAAGAGAAAAUAUCGGACGUUCAGGAAGCUCUGCAGUCUGGAUCCGGAGAAAUCGAAUUCAAGGAUUUCAGAGAGACUCUUAAAGAGAUGGGUCAUGAAGAUAAAGAAAUAUCCGCGGCUUUCUCACAGUUUGACCGAGACGGAAACCAGGUUCUGGAUGUAGACGAACAAACGAGGAUGAAAAUCGAACUGGAAGAAAAACGGGAUGCUCUUAACGCCGAGCUGAACAACCUGGGAAGGAACUACGGAAAAGAGUUUCCGGAGAAUCGUUCGGCCUCAGAUGAUGAAAAGAGUCGAGGCUUCGUGGUGCAGGACCAGUUCCUCAGGCUGAGCAGGCGGGUUCUGCAGAUGGAAACGUCGGUGGCGGCGCUCACAUCCAGGAUGGACCUGAUCAUGGAAAAACUGGGAUUAAUGGGAAACAACAGCAAUCGAUCGUCUUCACUGACGUCUCAGAUGUGAUGAACCUGCUGGAAGCGGAUCAGUGAAAAAUAUCACCGCCUGAAAACAAGCUAGCAGCAGCAGGUUGUCCUGGAAACGUGUAAAUACUGUAAAAAUUAUUACGACUGUAUCGCCUACCAGCUAUCUGACUGCAGCAGAACGACGGCGCAACAGGGCCAGAAGACCAGGAGGAGUAAAUUUCAGCCAAAAAACUCAGAAAUUUUAAGAUUAACCUCUGGAAAUUUCAAGGUUAUGG